AUGAACCGCCUUGUGGUCUCCCUGGCCACUGCUUGGAUGCUCUGCAGCUCAGCCAGCUCGGAGAGAAUCUUUCAUUCCCGAGACCGUUCCGAUAUCAGAGUGGCCCACCGGGCAAUCCCCAUUGCCGGGGAGAGUUCAGCACAGAAGUUCCUCUCCAGGUAUGGAUGGAUGCAGCCUGUUAAUUGGGAGGGUGCUGCACGACAAGUUGCGGCUGCAGCCGCAGAUGAAGAUCCGGCUCCGCCGGACCUGAAGAGCACCGUUGGAGAAGACACUGAGGUCCUGCAUCAGAUGGAGCCAUCGCCAAACCAAGGCGCUGCGAGCCCGGCUUUUAUUGAGGCACUGAAAGAGUUUCAGGAAAGCAAUGGGCUGUCAGUUACUGGUGUUGUGGAUGCACCCACAAGGGAGGCAAUGAAUGUACCAAGAUGUGGAGUACCAGACCAGCAGACCCCACCUCAUGUCCCAGCGUCCCCUCAUGCCACAGACAGGAUCAGCCAGGCAGCUGAGAGCAGGGCCAACAUGACCGGAAGCGAACUCGUCCGCAAGAAGCGGUUUCUGCGCCGCUUCUUUCACGGCCAGAGGUCCAGAGGGAGGCGUACGGAGGUUGCCGAUGGCAACGUUUCUGGCCUGGGCUUUGGCAAGCGCAGGCUGAAGUGGCGGCUGCUGAGCGAGGGUUACAGCUCUCAAAUGUCAGUGGCCGAGCAGCGAGCGGCCAUCCGGCUGGCCUUCAGGCUCUGGAGCGAGGUCACACCCAUAGACUUCGAGGAGGACCUGAGGUCCUCGGUCGGUGCUGUGGACAUCACGCUGGGAUUUGGAACAGGACGCCACUUCGGCUGCUCCCAGGCAUUUGAUGGGGCUGGCCAGGAGGUGGCGCACUCGUGGCAGAAUGGAGCCAUCCACUUUGACGACGAUGAGCAUUUCACCGCUGCCAACAGCAACCAGGGCAUCAACCUGCUGAGGGUGGCAGUGCAUGAGGUUGGUCACGUCCUGGGCUUGCCUCACACACUCAUCAGGGGGUCAGUGAUGCAACCCAACUACAGUGCAGAGGGCAGAGACGUGGAGCUGGCUGGGACUGACAGGAAAGCCAUCCAGCAGCUGUACGGUGUAUGUGAGGGGCCAUUCGACACCGUCUUCGACUGGGUCCGAAGAGAGAGGGGCCCGGACGGCAUACUGGUCGUUGCUUUUAACACGUACUUCUUCCGAGACAGUUGGUACUGGAUGUACGAGAACCGUAACAACCGGACCCGGUACGGGGACCCGCUGCCCAUCUACACCGGCUGGCAUGGCAUCCCCGGGGCGGGCAUUGACGCCUUCGUGCACGUCUGCACGAGGUCCAAGGAUGCCGCCUACUUUUUCAAAGGAACUCAGUACUGGAGGUACGACAAUGUAAAUGAUCGGGCCUACACACAGGACUUGCAUGGUGUGAGUUAUCCCAGGCUCAUCUCCAGUGGAUUCCCUGGCAUCACCGGUCCAAUUAACGCAGCCUUCUUCGACAGACGUGACCAGGGUAUUUACUUCUUCAAGGACAACAUGGUCACCACAUUUAAUGUCAACGCUAACCUGAGGGUCCCUGGCUUCCCUAAAAGGAUCAUUGAUGUCUUCCCACCUGUGGACCCGGGAGAUCAUCCGUUAGGCAACCUGGACGCUGUGUAUUAUUCCUACACCCACCGGGCCAUCUUCUUCCUCAAGGGCAUUUACUUCUGGAGGGUGAUAAACAGGCGCGACCGGCUGACCAACCCCAGCCUGCCCUACAACGGCCUCUGGCCCAAGCGCAAGGUCAGUGAGCAGUGGCUGGAUAUCUGCAACGUGCACACGUCUACCCUGACAUGA